AUGUCUCGACAACUUGGUAGAGUAGUUUCGCAAAUUUUGAAUAGAUAUUUUGGAGAGAUCGUCGAGAAAGUGGGAAACGAUCUGUUCAUGUAUGGUUCUAAACCCAUGGGUAUGAUAAUAAAGAGUACUGGAUUACCUCGGACACAGGUCAUCGAGAGUUUGAGAACACUUCUCAAAUUCGAUCUAGCUACAUUUGAAGCUAAAGAUGUGAUUGUCGAUUAUAAAUUGCUGCCGGAUAAUAUAUUACUACUCAUACGAUAUCCAAGAUAUCUUUUGCAAAUGAAAACCAAGUAUGGGAGUGAGGCUGAAAUGUUGGUCGAGGAAUUAUUACAACAGGCAUCCUGUACUGCAACGGUGCUAAUAGUUAGCGUCAUGAACAAAUAUAAAGAUGAUAAGGAAAAGAAUUUAAAUAUAGUUAAAUUGAAAGAUACUUUUAUCAGUUUGGCAACUGCGGGUUACAUUCAGCAAGCUCCAGUAGCAGAAAGUAACAGUGAAAUACCUAUCUUAGUACCAGUAGCGACGAUAGUCCCAGAUUUAGAUGUUAGAGAAUUAAUUAAUGCUAUGAAUACCAAUCUCAACAAUGUUAGUGACAAUAUCUACUGGAAAGUAAACUAUGAUAGAUUCCAUCUUGAUUUCCGAGAUGAAGUUAUGAUAAAGGCGGUCACACGGCGUAUUGACGAUAAUGCGGGUGAACUAUUAAAGUUGAUGUUAGAACAGAUGUAUCUAUCAUCAUCAUCAUGGGCAUCAGAUUCAUCACCAGUACCUCUCACUGAUUUGAAAGAUGGAUGCCAGAGAAUUAGUGAUAAUAUGAAAAACCAUGUCGAACAAUAUUUGAGAGUUAUUGAGGAGAGUACAGCCUUCAUUCGUCGUACAGGCGACGCCGGGGGCGGACAAUAUAGUGUGAGAAUACAACAUGCUUUGAUACAACUUGUAGAAGCUCUGUGUGAUCAUACAGUCACUGAAAGACUUGGGGGGAAAGCGGCUAGGAUAUUUAGAUUGAUAAGAUCCAAAAAGUACAUAGAAGAGGAUGAUAUACAAAAGAAUGCCAUGUUACCUAACAAGGAGUGUAAAGAACUGACUUACAAACUGUUGGAGGAACAUUUUAUUAGUGUUCAGCCCAUGAGAAAAGCAGCUUCAGCGGGCGGUAUGGCCAAAGCAAUAUAUUUGUACCACGUCAAGCUACACGACGUCGCUCACGUGAUUCGUGAUAUGUGUUAUCGUUCUCUCCACAACGUGAUGUCUGUGUCGCGUCACACGCGCGUCCUGAACGCUCGUUUGUUGGACAAAAAACGCCGCGUGCGAACGAUCGUGCAUGGAAUGAGGCUUAGAGGGGAACCUCAGCAGAAUAUUGACGAUGUAAGAUAUAUAUUUUGUAUUUAUAUAUUGAGAGGAGCUUGGACAGUGGAGGUGUUGGACACCCUGACUCCACCGGAAGUGACGUCAUCAGCGGAAGCGGAGCGUCGCCUGAACACACUCGCGGCCUCCGAGCUACAUCUAGACAGAGAACUGUUCAUACUCACAAGCUACUUCACUUACCAGAGAUGA